CAAACAAACAAAAGAAAUUACAUAAUUGCAUAGUUGUGUGGGUCUUCUUUGAUAUGCGCUGGAUUUGAUGCUGUUACCAUUACUUUCCUGACUCUCCUCUGUAUUUUAUAGGAAACUGCUUUGAUCACUCAUAAGCAACAACGAUCAUAAUGGAAAUUCAAGCAUGUUUCUUGAUGAUAUUAUCAAGCUUUUUAUAUGUGGAAUCCAAGUAUAUAUCUUACAAUACCACGUCGGGCAUUGUUCCAGGGAAGAUCAAUGUUCAUUUGGUGCCUCACACGCAUGAUGAUGUUGGCUGGUUAAAGACUAUUGAUCAGUACUACGUUGGAUCUAACAAUUCUAUUCAGGGAGCAUGUGUGCAAAAUGUAUUAGAUUCUUUAGUGCCAGCAUUGCUGGCAGAUAAAAAUCGCAAGUUCAUAUAUGUUGAACAGGCAUUUUUCCAGCGUUGGUGGAGAGAGCAGAGCGAGGAUGUUCAAACUAUAGUCAAGAAGCUUGUCGGCUCUGGUCAACUUGAGUUAAUAAAUGGGGGCUAUUGCAUGCAUGAUGAGGCUACUACACAUUACAUUGAUAUGAUUGAUCAAACAACUUUAGGGCAUCGAUUUAUCAAACAAGAAUUUAAUGUGACACCAAGAAUUGGUUGGCAAAUUGAUCCUUUUGGACAUUCUGCAGUGCAGUCAUAUUUGUUGGGGGCAGAGGUCGGAUUUGACUCUUUGUUUUUUGCGCGAAUCGACUAUCAAGACAGAGCUAAGCGGAAGGACAAGAAGAGUCUCGAAGUUGUAUGGCAAGGCUCUAAAAGUCUCGGUUCCUCUGCACAGAUAUUUGCAGGCGCAUUCCCUAAGAAUUAUGAACCUCCAAGUGACAACUUCUACUUUGAAGUUGAUGAUGAGUCUCCCAUUGUUCAGGAUGAUGUCAAUUUGUUUGACUACAAUGUGCCUGAUCGUGUAAAUGAAUUUGUAUCUGCUGCAAUGACUCAAGCUAACAUAACUCGAACAAAUCACAUUAUGUGGACUAUGGGGACGGAUUUCAAGUACCAGUAUGCUCACACGUGGUUCAAGCAGAUGGACAAAUUUAUUCAUUACGUGAAUCAAGAUGGGCGUGUGAAUGCCUUGUAUUCAACUCCAUCAAUAUACACGGAUGCUAAAUAUGCAACAAAAGAUUCCUGGCCGCUAAAGACAGAUGAUUAUUUUCCAUAUGCAGACGAUGUAAAUGCUUACUGGACUGGGUACUUUUCAAGUAGGCCUGCUAUCAAAGGCUAUGUUAGAAAAAUGAGUGGCUACUAUUUGGCAGCAAGACAAUUGGAACACUUUAAGGGAAGGAGUAAAGCAAGGCUAAAUACAGAUUCUCUGGGCGAAGCUUUGGCAAUUGCUCAACAUCAUGAUGCAGUUACUGGGACGGAGAAGCAGCAUGUGGCUGAUGAUUAUGCAAAGCGUCUGUCAAUAGGAUAUAAGGAGGCUGAGAGGGUAGUUGGAGCAUCACUUUCCUGCAUGGCAGAGUCAAAUUCAAGGACUGAUUGCACAGAUAUAACAAACAAGUUUCAACAGUGUCCCCUGCUGAAUAUAAGCUACUGUCCUGCAUCAGAAGUUGAUCUGUCAAAUGGAAAAAGCCUGGUGGUGGUUGUCUACAAUUCUCUGGGGUGGAAAAGACAGGAUGUUAUAAGAAUUCCUGUUAUUAAUGAAAACGUCAAUGUCAAGGAUUCUGAAGGAAGAGAAGUUGAAUCACAGCUAUUGCCUCUGAUGGAUGUGUCUGUUGGCUUAAGAAAUUACCAUACUUUGGCAUACUUGGGUAGCUACCCAAAUGUGACCCCUAAGUACUGGCUGGCAUUUUCUGCAUUUGUACCCCCUCUUGGUUUUAGCACUUACAUUAUUUCCAAUUCCGCCUCAGCCACUGAACGAGCAGCUGCUGUUUCAAAGAGUCAAAAAGUAUACAAGACACAAGUGACCCAAAAUGAUGCAAUUGAAAUAGGGCCCGGGAACUUGAAACUAAUAUAUUCUGGGAUUCAAGGAAAACUUACUCGGUAUAUAAAUAGCAGAAGCUCGAUCAAAGCAUCCGUAGAGCAAUCAUAUAGCUAUUAUGCUGGAGAUGAUGGAAGCAAGGAUUUACAGGCCUCAGGAGCAUACAUAUUUCGCCCAAAUGGUUCAUAUCCCAUUGACUCCAAAGGGGAGGUUGCUUUCACUGUUUUGCGAGGACCUCUAUUGCAUGAACUACAUCUGAGGAUCAACUCAUGGAUAUAUCAGAUAACCAGAGUGUACAAGGAGAAAGAACAUGCUGAAGUUGAGUUCAUUGUUGGGCCAAUAUCAAUUGGUGAUGGAAUUGGCAAAGAGGUCAUAGCCAAGAUCACAACAACACUGGAAAACAACAAAACAUUUUAUACAGAUUCAAACGGUCGUGAUUUUGUAGAAAGGAUUCGUGACUACAGGAAAGACUGGGACCUUCAAGUGAAUCAACCUGUUGCAGGAAAUUAUUACCCUAUUAAUCUUGGAAUUUAUAUGAAAGAUGGUAGUUCAGAGCUCUCAGUCUUAGUUGAUAGGCCUGUUGGUGGAUCGAGUAUCGUGGAUGGGCAAUUGGAACUAAUGCUCCACAGGAGAUUAGUUAAAGAUGAUUCUCGAGGAGUGGGAGAAGCACUGAAUGAAACAGUUUGUGUUCUUGAUAAAUGCACAGGAUUGACUGUCGCAGGGAAGUACUAUUUAAGAAUAGAUCCAUUAAGUGAGGGUGCAAAGUGGCGUCGAUCAUAUGGUCAGGAGAUAUAUUCUCCCUUACUCCUAGCCUUUGCAGAGCAGAAUGGAGACAAUUGGACAAACUCUCAUGUAACAACCUUUUCUGCAAUGGAUUCCUCCUAUGUUUUUCCAGAUAAUGUCGCAAUAAUAACUCUACAGGAACUGGAUGAUGGAAAAGUUUUGAUUCGGUUGGCACACUUGUAUGAGGUUGGAGAGGACAAGGAUCUGUCAGUCUUGGCAAGUGUAGAAUUGAAAAAGGUGUUCUCAUACAAGAAGAUAAACAAAGUAACAGAAACAAGUUUAUCUGCAAACCAAGAAAGGUCGGAAAUGGAGAGGAAGAGACUAGUUUGGAAAGUAGAAGGCUCUUUUGGAAACAAUCCCAAGGUGAAGAGGGGAGGACCUGUAGAUCCAUUAACAUUAGCUGUUGAACUUGCUCCAAUGGAAAUCCGCACCUUCCUUAUUGACUUUGAAUAGAAAUGAUCAACUACAGGGCAAAAAACAUUCAGUCUAGGUCCAAGUUCUUAGAACGUUGAUCAAAACUAAAAAGCUUGUAAAUUCUCUAUAUGUAUUAAUAAAUUUCAGUUGAUUUGAUCUUCAUAAACUUAUUAUUGCAUUUUUCUCCA